ACUUUUUGUCGAAAUUUCAAGCGAGCAACAUCGAUUUUGGCUGAUGAAAAAAUCGCUGUGAUUUUUUCCAAAUUUCUGUGAAAAUGCCGGCAAAAAAGGAAUCAAACAAGGGUGCUAAGAAAGGAGCUGCCGCUCCAGCUGGUGCCAAGCCGACCGCCGAUCCUGUGACUUCCGAAUCGAACAACGCAGCGGAACCAGCCGCCAAGGAAGCCAAGGGUUCCAAGAAGGGCAAAGGCAAAAAGAAGUAAGUUCCCCAACUAGUUUGGUGGAACUAACUUAAAAAGAGGAAUUCAAUGUUUCCGUAGAACAAUAAACCAAUGGUUUAAAGC